UACGCUGGGCGCGUCCCCGGGGUCACGUGGUGCGCAGCACGCAGAGUCCUUCUGUCGGUUGGUCCUGGAGCGGCGCAGCCGGAGCGGGGCUGUGAGGAGAAUAAAGGCAGCCCCGUUGAUGACUGAAAAUGACAAAGCAUCCACCUAACAGACGAGGAAUCAGCUUUGAAGUGGGAGCCCAGUUGGAAGCCCGGGACCGAUUAAAAAACUGGUAUCCCGCUCACAUAGAAGACAUUGACUACGAGGAAGGAAAAGUACUCAUCCAUUUCAAGCGCUGGAACCAUCGUUAUGAUGAAUGGUUCUGCUGGGACAGUCCUUAUUUACGCCCUUUAGAGAAAAUCCAGCUGAGGAAGGAGGGCUUACAUGAAGAGGAAGGAUCUUCUGAAUUUCAAAUAAAUGAGCAGGUCCUUGCUUGCUGGUCUGAUUGUCGUUUUUACCCAGCAAAAGUCACUGCUGUUAACAAGGAUGGUACUUACACUGUGAAAUUUUAUGAUGGAGUAGUUCAGACUGUCAAACAUAUUCAUGUCAAAGCUUUUUCCAAAGAUCAGAAUAUUGUGGGUAAUGCUAGGCCUAAAGAAACAGAUCACAAAAGUCUUUCAUCAUCUCCUGAUAAACGAGAGAAGUUUAAAGAGCAGAGAAAAGCCACGGUCAAUGUGAAGAAAGACAAAGAGGACAAAGCCUUAAAAACAGAAAAGCGACCCAAGCAGCCUGAUAAAGAAGGAAAGCUAAUUGGCUCUGAAAAGGGAAAGGUAUCAGAGAAAAGCCUUCCCAAGAACGAGAAGGAAGAUAAGGAAAACAUUUCAGAAAAUGACAGGGAAUAUUCUGGAGAUGCUCAAGUGGAUAAGAAACCUGAAAAUGACCUUGUGAAGAGUCCACAAGAAAACUUGAGGGAGCCUAAAAGAAAACGAGGCAGACCCCCUUCCAUAGCUCCUACUGCUGUGGAUUCAAACUCUAAAACUUUGCAACCAAUAACAUUGGAAUUGAGAAGACGGAAAAUAUCAAAAGGAAGUGAAGUCCCAUUAAAACGUCCUCGGCUUGACAAAAAUUCAUCCCAAGAAAAGUCAAAAAACUACUCGGAAAACACUGACAAAGACUUAUCAAGGAGACGAUCCUCCAGGCUGUCCACUAAUGGGACCCAUGAGAUCCUAGAUCCUGACUUGGUUGUAUCAGAUUUGGUUAAUGCAGUUGAUGCGGAUCCUUUGCAAGACACAUCGUCUAGUGCCAAGGAAUCUGAAGAAGGUCAUUUGAAAUCUCCUUUGAAAGCUGGACAGGUCUCAUCUGCACUAACUUGCCACUCCCUUGGGGAUGGACUAGGGGCUACAGGUUUGGAGUUGAACUGCAAAUCAAUGGGAGAAAACGCUAUGAAAACGGAACCAGCCUCUACCCUUGCGGAGUUACAGGAUAUUUCGACUGUUACAGUAACAAAUACUUUUAAGAAAACAGGUGACUUCGUGACAUCUAAAGCACCAGCUGUUGACCUGGACCACAAGUUUAGAUGCAAGGUUGUGGACUGUUUAAAAUUUUUCCGCAAAGCCAAACUGUUGCACUAUCACAUGAAGUAUUUCCAUGGAAUGGAGAAGUCACCAGAGCCAGAGGAGAGUCCAGGAAACAGGCAUGUCCAAACGAGGGGUUCUUCAUCUUCAGACAAGGCCAGCCAGGAUAGCCUGGCCAGGAAGCGGGUCUCGGCCAGUUCCCCAACUGCAAAAGACAAGGAAAAGAAUAAAGAGAAGAAAUUCAAAGAGUUUGUGAAAGUGAAGCCAAAGAAAAAAAAGAAAAAGAAAAAGAAAGCCAAGCCUGAAUGCCCCUGCAGUGAGGAGGUCAGUGACACUUCCCAGGAACCUUCCCCACCCAAGACAUUUGCUAUUACCAGGUGUGGGACCUCACACAAGCCUGGGGUCCACAUGAGCCCGCCUCUCCAUGGCUCAGAAUCUGGAAACCACAAAGGAAAAGGAAAAGUAUCUGAGGAGGAUAAUCUGAGUGAGUCCUCUUCCGAGAGCUUUCUUUGGAGUGAUGAGGAGUAUGGCCAAGACGUUGAUGUGACCACCAACCCAGAUGAGGAACUUGAUGGGGAUGACCGUUAUGAUUUUGAGGUGGUCCGCUGCAUCUGUGAGGUCCAGGAGGAAAAUGACUUCAUGAUUCAGUGUGAAGAGUGCCAGUGCUGGCAGCAUGGGGUCUGCAUGGGAUUACUGGAAGAAAAUGUGCCCGAGAAAUACACCUGUUAUGUUUGCCAAGACCCACCAGGUCAGAGGCCUGGCUUUAAGUACUGGUAUGACAGGGAGUGGUUGAGCAGAGGACAUAUGCACGGCCUGGCAUUUCUAGAAGAGAACUACUCCCACCAGAAUGCCAAGAAGAUUGUGGCCACUCACCAGCUUCUUGGCGAUGUGCAGAGAGUGAUCGAGGUUCUGCAUGGCCUGCAACUCAAGAUGAGCAUCUUGCAAAGCAGGGAGCAUCCAGAUCUGCAGCUGUGGUGUCAGCCUUGGAAACAGCGCUCAGGGGAGGGACGAUCUCAUUCCAAACACAUCCAUGUUGCUGAAGCCAAGAGCAAGGAGGAAGCUCCAAGCUAUAGAACUUUGAACGGGGCAGUGGAGAAGGCCCUUCCCCUGCCCCGGUCUGUGGAGGAGUCCUAUAUCACCAGCGAGCACUGCUACCAGAAGCCCCGCGCCUAUUACCCUGCUGUGGAGCAGAAGCUGGUGGUGGAGACCCGGGGCUCUGCCCUUGACGAUGCCGUCAACCCCCUCCAUGAGAAUGGUGAUGAUUCCCUCUCCCCACGCCUGGGCUGGCCUCUAGACCAAGAUAGGAGCGGGAGAGAUAGUGACCCCAAACCCAGCUCCCCAAAGGUAAGGGAAUAUGUGUCCCAAAAGGUCCUACCAGAGGAAGCCCCUGCUCGGAAGCUGCUGGACAGAGGCGGAGAGGGGCUGCUGAGCUCCCAGCACCAGUGGCAGUUUAACCUACUGACCCACGUGGAGUCUCUUCAGGACGAAGUCACGCAUAGGAUGGACUCCAUUGAGAAGGAGCUGGAUGUGUUGGAGAGCUGGCUGGACUAUACUGGGGAACUGGAGCCCCCAGAGCCAUUGGCCAGGCUACCACAGCUCAAGCAUUGCAUCAAGCAGCUGCUGACGGACCUGGGCAAGGUACAGCAGAUUGCCCUCUGCUGUUCAUCAUGAAACUGGGCACCUAAAACUAAUGGGGGCACAAUCCUGGGGCUCCUACAGGAGAAGCUUCAUAUAUUUAAAUAAAUAAACCUAGCAUGCUGAAUGCACGUGACACCGACAGACUUCAGGGAUCUGGGCAGGGGUGUGAUGGACAUUGGACAGAGGCCAUUUUAGAUGCUGGAGGGCAGGGCACUCUGAUCUCAAAGCCUGCCAAGAAGGUAGCAAAUAAGACUCUUGGGAUUCCCUUUUUCUGUGCACAUCGUCAAAUGAAGAGCGAGUCUUUUUGCACAAACCUCACUUGAAAUCGUGCCACUGAUGAUAAAUGGAAUGAGAGCCAAAAAAAGUUUAGUUGGAAACAGUUGUAAAUUCAAUUUGCAGCUUAUUUAAUUGACUUUCCUGUCAGGUUGGGACACAUGCCAGCCCGUCUGGUUUCUGCCUGGCAUGGUGUUUAGUCAGCAUCAUUUUCAUUUUCCAACUUCAUGGGAAUGUUCGGACUUCAUUCUGUGGCGUUUGGGCAGGAGCAGAGGCCGUGGCUGCCCUACCAUCUCGUUAGGACUUUUCACUUUUCUCACCACCUCUCUUGCAUGACUUCACGGUACAGGGGACAAGUUUUGUAUGCUUUCACCCCAGAGUUGGGUGGGUUGUGUCUUUUGUAGCAGAGCCCAUAUAGCCUGUGGAGAAACUAGAAUCUCAUUGUAAUAAGAAUCUAGGACAGAUUCCAAACUGAAGCAGGCAGGGUCUGGAACCUAAAGGACAUAAUUUUCUACUCACUUCUUAAUAUUGACAGCUUCCCAGUUCUAUUUAAUGUCCAAAAAAUGUUUCCCAAAAUUUUGAACUCUUUCACUGUAAAGAUUUGUUAUAAAGAAGGUGGUCUGGGAAAUUACCUUAUUUUAUAUUGUUGUAAACAAACUUCAGAUUCUACAUGUGCCGCUUUUCUCCCAGGAGGGGAGAGUAUGUUCAGUGGUCAGUGUUUUCAGAAUUGUUUUGUUAAUAUACUUUAACACUUUAAAUUUCCUGUUUGUAUUUUGUGAGAUCAAGGUGAUUAUGCUGCUUAAGGUCCAGGUAUGACAUGUUUGUACCUUUUGAGACAAUAUUUGUGUUACUUUUGCAGGUCACGGUUCCACAUGUAAUUGCUGUUUAUUUUUAUUUUUCCUUACUAGUAGGCUAAGUGAAAGAAGACGUUCUAUGCUUUGAGGAGUGACCGUUACACCAUUUAGUUUUCUUGUUAUCACUGAAGGCAAAAAUCACAGUUGUCCAUUAACAUUUACAAGUUAAUUAUCGGUUUAGGAAUCUGUUAUAUGCUGCAAACAUUUACUAUGUAAACAUUAAGUAGCCAGUAUCUCAUAGCAGUGACAGUAUCUCCAGGAACCUUUGGAAUGAUUAGGCUGUAAGGCACCUGUUGUCGUGAAGGCCUCUGUACUAAGGUCUGUUUCAGGGAAUACUGUCUAGUGAAUUGUUCACCAUUUGUAUAAAAUGAAUUAUAGGGCAAGUAUAAAUCGGCCUUCUAUAGCUUAUCCAUCAGAGGGAGUACUUGCAGCUGUAACAUCUGGAAUAAACCUGACAGUUUCUCUACAGGAAGCUGUUUCCCAUUGCUAACAUUGGUGUUUCUGGUGUGAAAAGACACUCAAGAGAGUGUGUGUGGCAUCUGUUUUGGAUAAUUAAUCAGACAGCACAUUUUAAGAACUGUGACACUUGUCUGAAAAACAGGAUGAUUUUCUGUAGCCACAACUGUGAGGUAUGAUGACUGUUGUAUUAGAUUACUGAUCUUUCUUUUGUGAAAAUACAUUUAUCAUAUCUGAGGAAGCUGUAACUUUUUAGGUAGUCAAUUUCAUAUCUUUUUCAAAGAUAAAAACAGAAACUGAAUUACCCUCAUUUUGCCAAGUGGCCAUUAUGGGUUCGUUGUUUAAGUUUUAUAAAGGAAAUAACCCCAUUUCACCCAUUGUGACUUUUGUCCUUAGGGAAGCAGGGAGGACUCUCCAAGUUCUGACCUCAGUGUGCUUCCCUAAUUUAAGCCAUGUUGAGGGGCUUGAUCCCCAAUUCCUAGUUCAAGAUGAACUAACCCCAAGUUGGAGCACUGGAAACUACUAUUUGCAGACAUUACUGCUACCAUUUAGACACAUGUGCACUACCUAAGUUUUGUUUUUUUUGAGAAAAACUAUCCACCUACAAAAAUUGCCUUGAUUAAAAACAGUUCUGGUUUGACUAACCAUUUUAAGUGAUGAGUGUAUGCAAGGUGGACCCUUGAUGAGCCAACAUUGCACUGUGGAUACAUACCUAUGUUUACGCGCUAUUAGAACAGAACGCGUUGUAUAUAGAAAUGUAAUGUUGCUUUGAAGCAAUAUUUGCAAAACAUGCAAACUUCUGUAUUUGGAAAAAAUAAAACAGGUUUUUGUUGCUAUGUAUCAGUUACAUGUUAUUGACAUAAAGAUUUUCACUCUUUUUAAUAUGCAUUAAUUUUCUGUAAGCAUCACCUUAUAAAAGUCUGCUUUUACAUUCUAAACAGAUUUAUCUUUUGCAGGGAGGCAGAUG